AUGUUAUCUUCUACACUAACAAAGGCCUUGCCGACACAACCACGAUUUCAUACUCAACCUAUGCUUACAAAUAGAUUGAAUGCAAAUAAAUUGCUACCUUUAAGCCUACAACUAACUAACGAAUUAGAUCUAAAAAGAACUAAAAUAAGAAGCGUCCUAUAG